CGAAAGGACCCGAGCGAUGCCGAGCGCUCCCUAAUGGAGUUCCGGUAUCCGAAGUGCUCCGAGCGCUUCCGAGCGCAGUCGGGCCGGCGCGGAGAAUGUGGCGGCGGCGGCGUUGGGCGGGAGCGGGGGCGGCGCCAACGGAACCCCUUUAGAGCCCGUCCCGGGCCCAGAGCAGCGCUCAGCCAUGGGGCCGCCCUACAGCAACCUCAGAGCAUCCGGCGAGGACGGCCCCGCCGAGAGCAUCGGCUCCGUGUCGGGCAGCAGGAAUGCGCUGCAGCCGCUGCAGGGGGAGGAGGAUGAACCUUUCACCACUUACUUCGACAGCAAAAUCCCCAUCCCCGAGGAUGAGACGCACUCGUGCUUCAGUUUCCGAAAGCUGUGGGCAUUCACCGGGCCGGGCUUCCUGAUGAGCAUCGCUUACCUCGACCCCGGCAACAUCGAGUCCGACCUGCAGUCUGGAGCUGUGGCGGGGUUCAAGCUGCUCUGGGUGCUGCUGUUGGCCACGGUGAUCGGGCUGCUGCUGCAGCGCCUGGCGGCACGGCUCGGCGUGGUGACAGGGCUGCACCUGGCUGAGGUCUGCCAUCGCCAGUACCACAGGGUGCCUCGGAUCAUCCUGUGGCUGAUGGUGGAGCUCGCCAUCAUCGGCUCUGACAUGCAGGAGGUCAUUGGCUCAGCCAUCGCCAUCAACCUGCUGUCAGUGGGGAAGAUCCCACUGUGGGGCGGAGUGCUCAUCACCAUCGCCGACACCUUCGUCUUCCUCUUCCUGGAUAAAUACGGUUUGAGGAAGCUGGAGGCGUUCUUUGGUUUCCUGAUCACCAUCAUGGCGCUGACCUUCGGAUAUGAGUAUGUGACGGUGAAGCCGAACCAGAAGCAGGUGCUGCAGGGGCUGUUUGUCCCUGGGUGCCGGGGCUGCGGCACCCCACAGCUGGAGCAGGCUGUGGGCAUCGUGGGGGCCGUCAUCAUGCCCCACAACAUGUACCUGCACUCUGCCCUGGUCAAGUCCCGCCAGGUGAAUCGCUCCAACCCACGGGAAGUGCGUGAGGCCAACAAAUACUUCUUUGCUGAGUCGUGCAUUGCGCUCUUCGUCUCCUUCAUCAUCAACGUCUUCGUCGUCUCUGUCUUCGCCGAGGCUUUCUAUGGGAAAACCAACAUGGAUGUGCACGAGGUUUGUGCCAACACCAGCAGUGCCCACACAGGGCUGUUCCCGAGCGACAACACCACGCUGGAGGUGGACAUCUACAAAGGGGGCGCAGUGCUGGGCUGUUACUUUGGCCCAGCUGCUCUCUACAUUUGGGCCAUUGGGAUCCUGGCGGCUGGGCAGAGCUCCACCAUGACCGGGACGUACUCAGGGCAGUUCGUCAUGGAGGGUUUCCUCAACCUGCGCUGGUCGCGCUUUGCCCGUGUGCUGCUGACGCGCUCCAUCGCCAUCACCCCCACCCUCUUUGUGGCCAUCUUCCAGGACGUGGAGCACCUGACGGGGAUGAACGACUUCCUCAAUGUGCUCAUGAGCCUGCAGCUCCCGUUUGCCCUCAUCCCAGUGCUGACCUUCACCAGUCUGCCCAGCGUCAUGAACGACUUUGCCAACGGGCUGUUCUGGAAGAUUGGCGGCGGCGCCGUCAUCCUGCUGGUGUGCAGCAUCAACAUGUACUUCGUGGUGGCCUACGUGAUGGCGCUGAACCACGUGGGGCUCUACGUCGGCGCGGCCAUCCUCAGCGUUGUCUACCUGGCCUUUGUCGCGUACCUGACCUGGCUGUGUCUGAUCGCGCUGGGGGCCUCGGCGCUGUCCUGCGGCAGCACGCGCUGCUGGGCCUUCGCUGCACGCCCGGAGCUCUUCCUCCUCAACAACAUCGGCGUGGAGGCGGCGGUGACGCGGUGAUGUGGAAUGGGAGCUGGAGAUGGGAGCAGCGCCACCACGGAACCGGGAUGGAAACAAACGGCGUUGGGAUGGCACCAAAAUGGCACCAGAAUAACACAGGGGUGGCGCUGGGAUGGAACCAGAAUGGCGUUGGGGUGGCACCAUGAUGAUGUUGGGAUGGCAUUGGGGUGGCACUAGAAUGGCUUUGGGACGGAACUGGGAUGGCAUGGGGAUGGUAUUGGAAUGGCACCAGAAUGGCACCAAAAUGGGACCAGAAUAACACAGGGAUGGCACUGGGGUGGCACCACAAUGGCGUUGGGGUGGCAUUGGGAUGAUAUUGGGAUGGCACCAGAAUUGUGUUGGGGUGGCAUUGGAAUGGAACCAGAAUGGCGUUGGGAUGGAA